CAGUGCGUCAGGUAUCGCGGGCUGGGAGUGAGGGGAGGAGGGGGGGCACGUAGUUAACAUUCACGGCGUGCUUUCCCUCCGGCGGGCCCGCCAGUGCCAGUGCUGCCUCACCCGCCGAGCCACGCGCACGUACAUAAGCUUGCACUACUUUCACUUUAGGAAAGCAGUUCGCGACGACGACUCGAGUGUUGUGAUCAGUGUCCCGGGAACAUGCAGUGCUACACAUACCUGCUGGCGAUGUUGGCGGCGCUGCUGAGCGUGCUGACGGCGACACGCGCCACCAUCCCGCAGCCGCGCGCGCCCAACUUCCAGUACUUCGAGAGGCCGAACUACCGCUACCCGUACUACGACGAGCAGGGCCGCGGCAAGCUGCUGUACGGCUACGGCGGGCCCGAGCUCUACCAGUACAAGUCCUACUCGCCGCUCGAGGGCAUCUACUAGCGCUCGUACAUAGUCGCGUUAUAUUAGUGUUCAUCUUUGUAUAAAGUAUUUCUAUGUAGGUCAUUAAAUUGUUAAGUUUAUACAA